GCAGUGUGCAGGGCUUUGCUCGCCCCUAAGGAGGUCAGCGGCCGGGUGGGCGAGACGCUCUCCGUCCAGUGCUGGUACAGCAGGGGCUACGAGCAGUACAACAAGUACUGGUGCCGUGGGGCCUCGCGGGACUCUUGCCGCAAGGUCGUCGAGACAGCGGGGCCCAAAGCACGCCGGCAGCGCGGCCGGGGCUGCAUCUCCGACAACCACGUCUUCUGCGUGAUCCUGCUGACUGUGGAGGACCUCUCUGAGGAGGACGCUGGGAGCUACUGGUGCGGGAUCGAGAGGCUGGGCAGGGACCUCAUGGAGCCGGUUGAGGUGGCAGUUUUCCCAGCGCAGACGCCCGUGGUCUCCACUGUCAUGAAUGGGACAGAGCUCCUCAUCACCACCAAUGUGACCACCCCAGGCUCUCCCAGGCCAGCCCUGAGCAUCAUGGUACCCAGCGUGGUGCUGGCCUCCCUCCUGGCUGCCAUCGGCUCUGCCGUGCUCAUCCGCACCCUCGUCUGGAGGAGGAAGGAAGGUAAACGUGCUUGA